AUGGCCACCCACCUCGCUGCCGUCUUUGUAGCCGAAGGCCAGCCCUUUGAGCUUCAGACGCGUCCCACCCCAAAGCCAGGACCGGACGAGCUCCUCGUCGCUGUCAAAACCAUAGCUUUGAACCCUGCAGACAUCCAGAUACGCGGCAAGGGUCUCUUCAUAUCGAAAUACCCAACAGUCAUCGGCUUUGAAAUGUCAGGCUUGGUCCUCGAGGUCGGUGACAACGUCCCCACCGGCACCUCCGGCAACGAUGGAACCCAAUCAUUUCAGCCGGGCACCCGCGUCGUCGCCUACUCUGGCUCUUUCUGGAAGUCAUGGGGGCCAGACUAUGGAACGUUCCAGGAGCGUUGCCUCGUUCCAUGGCAACAUGCUGUACGCCUUCCGGGCGAGGGCAUUUCUUGGAACCACGCAGCAACCUUGCCUGUCGCCAUCGAGGUACCCCUCAACGCGUGGGAUGUUAUGGGCAUCCCACGAGUGGGAGAAUCCUCCCCUCGUGGCCUAGUCUCUGCUGGCUCGACCGGCACCAACGCCGAUGGGAACGAAAUUAAGCAAAUCAGCAAGAUGGAGAAGAAAGAGGCUCUCCUCAUCUGGGGAGCCUCUUCAAGCGUCGGCACCAUGGGUGUACAGACAGCCCGACUGUUGCGGGAAGACCCCGACUCUUCUUUUGCGGCAGUGUACGCUACGGCCGGAUCGGCGAAUAAAAGUUAUGUGGAGUCACUGGGCGCAGACCGGGUGUUCGAUUAUAAAGACCCGCAGGUUGUUGACGCGAUUGUUUCGGCUGCCAAGGAGGACGAAUUGGUGAUCAAGCAUUGCUUCCUUGCUAAUGGGGAGCUGGCGCUAUGCCAGGCCGUACUCAAAGCAUUUGUUGGAAAGAAUGAAGAAGAGUCCAUGGAGACAACGGUGGCAAAGAUCGGGUCAGCGCCCGUGGUUCCUUUGGAUGCAGAGGUUAUUAGCGGGAUAGAGACCAUGUUUGUGCUGCCGUCGAUGGUGGAGAAGGAGAGGCUGAAGCAGUUCCAAUAUUGGAUCGGGAAGUGUCUGGGAGAGAAUCUGGUCAAAGGAGCUAUAAAGCCAAGUCCAGAGCCGACCUUGAUAGGAAAGGGCCUGGAGGCAAUUAACGCUGGGUUGGACCGACUAAUCCAGGGAGUGAGCUGCACGAAGUUGAUUGUUGAGGUUGCGGAGUGA